UCAACCACUAUGCCCACCAAUGCAGAGCUGAUUCAGCCGACACCGCAACUCGAACCUGCUCCCAACCCACCUGAAUCUGCUCCCCGUGUCUUACCGCGCCACUUGCGACCCUUGGAUUAUGAAAUAGCCAUGGCUCAGCGCCAGAAGCGGAACGAAAAGGCCAGGAAGCAUCAAGCCAAAAGACGAGAAGCCCUGAAACAGGCCACUUUGGAGGAGAAAAAGGCCUUUGGGGAGCGAGCGCGUAUUUACCAGGCCCGUUAUCGAUUCCGACAUCGUGAAGCUAUACAACUGGGCGAAGCGAUACGACGAGCGGAGAUAUACUGUCAGCGGUAUGGUGUUGCUCAAUAUCAGAAGUAUGUUGAGCGACGAGAACGUUGGCACAAAAACGAGCCUGCUCCUCCUACCCUUCCACCGCUUCCUGAAUUAAGCAUGCCACUAUUUGUUCGACCUCAAACUGAAGCUGGCAGUCCAGGUGACUCUACUACGCGUUGGAACAAUGCGCUACUCCAUCGUAUAUAUCACACAACUCGUCUUCAAUCCUCGUAG